AAUUUUUACCAGUUUUUAACAAACACGAAAAUGGCAGCUCUAGGAUGGGAUACAGGCAGCAUCUAUUCGACCAGCGUUCUACCUCCAGAUCCAGUGCUACUUGCCCAAGCUGCACUUCAAGACAAAUUUCUUGCCUUUGUGGAGAAUUUUCGUCUAGACAAUGACUACAUCUAUCGUGAUCAACUUCGUGCCAAUCUUAUGACCAAGCAAUACUAUUUGGAAAUCGACUUGGGUCACUUAAUCAGCUUUGAUGAGGAGCUUGCUAAUCGACUUACCAACAACCCUACCGACUUGCUGCCUUUGUUUGAACAAUCCAUACAAACCACUGCAAGAAGAAUCUUAUCAGGAGCCGAACAACUGCCUAAGAUCCAAAUUACGCUUCGUUCAGACGCAAAUGUAACUCAAAUCAGAGAACUCAGCUCAAACGACAUAGGAAAAUUGGUCCGCAUUCCUGGUAUCAUUAUUGGUGCUUCUACUUUGAACUCGCGGGCUUCAACGCUUCACUUAGUAUGCCGCUCCUGUUCAUAUACAACUGAAAUCACUGUUGAGGGUGGCUUUACUCCACUUCAAAUUCCAAGAAUUUGUGGAAGGCCAUUGGAUGAAACAAAUAAUACCCGCUGUGACAUGGACUCCUACUACGUUGUACAUGACAAGUGCAAAUUUGUGGAUUCGCAAACGCUUAAAUUGCAGGAAGCACCAGAUAUGGUACCUGUUGGUGACUUGCCGCGACACACCAUUCUCAAUGCCGAUCGCUUUUUAGUCAAUCGAGUAGUUCCUGGUAUGAGAACUGUUGUUAUGGGCAUUUAUUCCAUUUUCCAAAACAAAGGCACAAAAUCCACUGGAGCUGUUGCGGUGAGAACUCCAUACAUUCGAGUAGUUGGUCUUCAGAUCGAUCAACAUAACAAUGGUCGCGGAAAGCCUGUGUUCACCGAUGCAGAGGAGGAAGAGUACAUUAGAAUGGCACGACAACCCAAUUUGUACGAGACUUUUGCCACCAGUAUCGCACCAUCUAUCUUCGGCAAUGCUGAUAUCAAAAAAGCUAUUGCAUGUCUGUUGUUUGGCGGUUCCAAGAAAAUCUUACCCGAUGGCAUGAAACUCAGAGGUGAUAUCAAUGUACUCUUACUUGGUGACCCUGGUACUGCAAAAUCACAGCUUUUGAAAUUUGUCGAGAAGGUUGCGCCAAUUGCAGUUUACACUUCCGGAAAGGGCAGUAGUGCAGCCGGUCUUACAGCUUCGGUUGUUCGCGAUCCCAAUACGCGUGAAUUCUAUCUUGAAGGUGGAGCGAUGGUACUCGCGGAUGGCGGUGUUGUGUGUAUUGAUGAGUUCGACAAGAUGCGCGACGAAGAUCGAGUUGCAAUUCACGAAGCUAUGGAACAACAAACCAUUUCUAUUGCCAAGGCCGGUAUCACCACCAUCUUGAAUUCAAGAACAUCAGUGCUUGCCGCAGCGAACCCUAUUUUCGGAAGAUACGAUGACAUGAAGAGCCCUGGAGAGAACAUCGAUUUCCAAACCACCAUUCUUUCAAGAUUUGAUAUGAUCUUCAUUGUCAAGGAUGAACAUAACGAAGCUAGGGAUUUGUCAAUUGCCAGACACGUUCUGAGUGUUCACAUGAACCGACAAAUGCAAGACAAUGUUGUGGGUGAUAUCGACCUUCAAAAGAUGAGAGAUUACAUCAAUUAUUGCAAAUCUAAAUGUGCUCCAAGAUUGACCGCUGAAGCUGCUGCUAAGCUGAGCAGUCACUUUGUAGCUAUUCGAAAGGAAGUGAAGCAAACUGAGAAGGACACCCAAGUUCGAUCAUCUAUUCCCAUCACCAUCAGACAAUUGGAAGCCAUCAUCCGUAUUUCAGAAUCAUUGGCAAAGAUGACAUUGUCCCCAGUUGCUACUGAGGAACAUGUCGAUGAAGCCAUACGACUGUUCAAGUUCUCUACAAUGGAUGCUGUGCAAAGUGCUGAUGGAAUGACUCGUGUUGAAAUCAUGAAGGACGUGCAAGAAGUUGAAAAGGACAUCCAGCGACGUCUUCCCAUUGGAUCUCAGGUGUCCGUGCUGAAACUCAAAACUGAUUUUCUUCGAAAUGGUCACUCUGAAGCUGCCAUCGCGCGUGCUCUGAUGAUUCUUGGAAGACGCGGAAUGCUUCAGUUCCGAAAUCAAGGCAAAACAAUAUAUAGACAAGCUGUGUAAAUUCUCUAACUAUUUUGCACUGCAUACUUUUAUUCCUUAACGCCAUGUACAUUAUUGCUUCCAGCCAUUUUCUUCAUCUUCCAACAUUCGUCUUAUUUAAUGAUACUAUUCAAAUCCAUAUCUGUUGGCUUUAGCGUGGAUACAAAAAGAGGG